AUGGUUCGGACAAGAGCAGCAGCAGUAACCGGCGCGCUACAAACAUUCCGCCUCUGUAUAUCUCGUCAGUCCGUAUCGUCCGGAAUACAUCAUCCUCGCAUCGGCCAACCACUUCGGUUCAUGUCGUCGUCCGCUAUGGCUGCAUCCGCCAAGAUGACAACGUCAAACAAACUGAAGCAAGUCUUCACCGAAGGCAAGCGGCCAGCUAUGGGCUUCUGGCAGAUGAUUCCCGGUGCCAAUGUUUCUCGUGUACUGGCCAGGUCGGGUGCAGAUUGGGUAAUGGUGGACUGUGAACACGGCAACAUCGACGAUGCUGCAAUGCAUGACGCGGUUCCGGCCAUUGCCGCCCUGGGUGUGUCCCCUAUUGUUCGACUACCGGAUAUCCAACCUUGGAUGGUGAAACGGGCAUUGGAUAGCGGUGCACACGGAAUACUUGUACCGCUGAUCCGGACUGUUGAUGAGGUCAAGAGCGUGGUAUCAGCAGCCAAGUUCCCACCACUGGGAACGAGAGGAUUCGGUUCCCCGAUUGCGGUGCAAAACUUCCAUCCGGAACCGACGCUUACAGAGUAUCUUCAGCAAGCCAACGACAGCCUGUUGACCAUGGUGCAGAUCGAAACCAAGGAGGCUCUGGAUUCCGUGGAAGAGAUUGCGCCACUAGUUGAUGUUGUAUUCAUCGGGCCUUUUGACCUAGGCAACAAUAUCGGCCACCCAAUCAUCAACGGCAAGACGGAUGCUGAGUUGGACGAUGCUAUUGCCCGUAUCUAUAAGGCGACGGUGGCAGCUGGCAAGAAGUGUGGUAUAUUCUGCACCAGUGGAGAGCAGGCAAAGAAGUACGCUGAUAUGGGAUUUCAUAUGAUCAACGUGGCCACGGAUUUUACGGCUCUUCAGGCCACAAUGGUGGACGCACUCGCCGUUGCCCAGGGAAAGGUUCAAGGUGAAAAGGCCGCUUCGUAUUGA